AUAUUGGACGUGCGUUUUUUUAAAUGGUAGUUGCGCUACAGCUAUGCGCAAUCUCAGCCAUUUGAGUCUACAAUUACUCAGAUGUAAUUCAUGCUGUUUGAAUAGUCGUCCCUUGACAACAACUUCAAAAUGUUUGGCAGAUGAGCCGCUGGCUCUAAGUAAAUUAAAACGAGGUACAGGUGGGAGGGCAUCGUUUAAUGGCAUGGUUGCAACUGUAUUCGGGGGGUACGGAUACUUGGGGAGAACUUUGUUGACUCAUCUUGCGAAGAAUGGGACUCAAAUUAUAUUGCCUUACAGAUGCGAUCCUUACGCCAUUAAAGAUAUGAAGGUCGUGGGGGAUUUGGGACAAAUUUUAUUUUUGCCAUUUAAUUUGAACGACGACGAAUGUUUAAGAAAAGCUAUGAAGUAUAGUAAUGUGGUUAUCAACUUGAUAGGCACAGAAUUUGAUACCAGACAUUUCACGAUUGAAGACGUGCACAUUGAUGCAGCUGCACGCAUUGCAAGAAUAUCUAAAGAAAUGGGAGUCAACCAACUUGUUCACGUAUCUGCAUUGUGUCAGAAUCGAAACCCACCGAAAUACGUUUGGAGGCCUUCUCGAUUUAUGUCAUCCAAGGCUAUCGGUGAACAAGAGGUUCUUCGUGAACGUCCUGAUGCUACAAUCUUCAGACCAGCUGAUUUAUGGGGACCGAAUGAUCGAUUUUUAUGCCACUUUGGUGGAAAAUGGCGUCAUUUGAGAAUACCUGGACGCUAUUUUAUUCCAUUGUGGAAUCGUGGCGUAAAGACAAUAAAGCAGCCUGUUUAUGUAGGUGAUGUUGCACGUGGAAUUAUCAACUGCUUAAAUAAUCCAGAAUCUCUUGGACAGAUUUAUGAAGCUGUUGGUCCGCAUCGUUAUAGAAUGGAUGAUCUUGUCAUGUGGAUCUACUUAGUUUGUCGAUAUCUACCCAGGGAGUUAACUAUUACUAAUAUGAAUCCUUAUCUUUUGUGGCGUACUUUUCUUCACGAAAGACAUGCUCGCUUUUAUCCACGUCUUACUUUUGAAGGUUUGGAACGCGAAUGUGUCACAGAUAUUUUAUCCGGAUGCCCAACACUGGAUGACUUGAAUGUGAAAUUAACAAAAUUAGAAGAUCGUAUUACUCAUAUUUUGUUUCUCAAUCGUCGGCAAGUCUUUUACUGGGAUGCUGUUGGAGAAUUUCCAGAUCCUCCGACACCACCUAUUCAAUUUUCAUGAAUUACUUGAAAUAUGAAUUUAAAGUACCUGCUAAUUUUCUGUAGAAGAAAGGAAUUACUCAGAGAAUGAAUAUAUGUGAAGAAAAAAGACGCUCAAACUUUCCCAUACAUGAACUAAACUCUUGUAUUUACACAUAUCUUUUUAGACAUAUAGUUUGUGUCUUUGUAGUAUUUGUUUUCAAAUUUGUGCGGAUGGCUGACUGCACUAGAUGUAUGAAUAGUCACUUCUGAAAGGAAUGAAAGAUCCACUGGACUCCCUUAUUUGUUUUGAAGAUAACCCUUAGCUAUACACGGUUCGGUCAAUCCCAAUUCUUUCAUACUUUUGCUUACACUUUGUAUAGGUAUUACAAUAGAUAAUUCUUACUUAUUUAUUUCCUUUUUCAAGUUUAAAUCGCGUUAGAUUGUUGAUGAAACUUUCCUGCUCUCAAAACUGUUUGCGUUAACAAUAUAUGUUAGCCGAAUAUCAAUCACGUUGAAAGAGAAUUAAGCAUAGCUGAACCAAUACGUGAUAGCAAUCCACCUGUAUGCUCGUUUUUUUCACAUUUCUCUGUGUUGUGCUAUGCAUGAAAACGUUAUUUAAUACCAGUUGUUGCCAACUUCUAUGUUGAAAA